AAAGACGCUUUGUUCGUUUAACAGCGUCCGUCUGAAAAGAAUCACAACAGAUAAAACCUGAAUCCGGAUGAAAUAUGGAAAUUUGGCGAUUCACGUUUUCCCCCUUAAUAUUUUGAAGUUUUUAAAUGAAUAUUUGCCAUCGGACUCCUUUGCCGUUGUUUUGUCAAACACCUGUUAGCUUCCAAAGCUAGCGGAGUUAGCUUAGCCUGCUAACGGGGCCUUUUGUGCGUAGAAACAGUUUGUGUUAUUGUGUGAAAAUGUCUAAAGUCCAAAUGCUGAGAGCGUUACUGAAGCAGCGACUACCUGCAGAUGAUGAUGAUGAUGAAGAGAUAUUUGAGCUGCUUGAAAGAACGAUCGCAGAAUACGAGGAGCAACUUUGUCGAUUAAAAGCAGAAUACAAGGAGGAAGUUUGCCGAUUAAAAGAGGAGAACGAGCGACAAAGGAAACUACUGGAGGCUUUUUACAGUUCUCAUGACAAAGCAGAUGCCGUACACUUUGGGUCAGACCUUGAGAUGAUAUACAACGUACCCCAGCCAACCUGGAGCAUUUCAACACAAACGCGACGGUCUUUCUCAAAUCAUCCCAUAGAAACUGAUGAAUUGAAAACAGAAGAUGAGGUUGCUGAAUUAAAUGGCCUGGAUGCCAGUCUUGCGUCAGAUGCUAGACUGUCCAGGGGUUCAACUGAAGGUGAUGGAGACGUGUUGGAUAACACCAGGUGUGUUGGAAAUGUGUUGGCUACUGCUGCAGUUGCAGGAUUGACCAAAGGUGUUGGAAACACCUUGGAUACCAUUCCUGCUAUUGAUGGUUCAGCCGAAGAUGUUGAUGUACAGCAGCUGUUGGUGAAAGAGGAACUUUCCUCUGAGCACCAAGAGUGGACCUGCACUCCGGACCAAGUGGAAAAAGUCGUCCAUCACAUAAAAAAUGAAGAUGAGGAAGUGUGGAUAAGUGAGGAACGAGAGCGCCCUCAAUUUCUGGAAGUUGAUACCACUAAGUGUGCCAGUUAUGUGAAUCCUCAUUCAUCAGAUUGUCAUCAACCACAACAUGAGGAAAUUGAGGAUUUUGACAGCAUUUUAACUGAACAAAUGAAAGCAGAAUCGAAUAAAGAGGAUUGGGCAGGAUCUGAAUUAGGAAGCACAUUAGAUCAAGACAGUUACUCACACACACACAUUGAUUAUAUAAUUUCACACUCUUCUGAACCUGAGAAUGAAACCAUAGAUAUUGAUUGGGAUGACACAACUGAUUCUGAGUCAUGUUUAUACUCACUGAAAAAUGAGAUCAUCCCUGGGGUAAAAUUAUUAAACCAUAAUUAUGGUCAAAGGACUGGCCACAAUGGCAGUCUUAUGGGAAACACGACAGUUAAUACGGGGGAGAAAUCAUUUAGCUGUUCUCUGUGUGAUAAAACAUUUUAUCAAAAUGGCAACCUGAAGAAACACAUGAUGAUUCACACUGGAGAGAAACCAUUUAGCUGUUCUGAGUGUGGUAAAACAUUUCGCAUGAAAGACCACCUGAAAACUCAUAUGAUGAGUCACACAGGAGAGAAACCAUUUAGCUGUUGUGAGUGUGGUCAAACAUACACCCGAAAGCGUGAUCUGCAGAUCCACAUGACAGUGCACACAGGAAAGAAACCAUUUAGUUGUUCUGAGUGUGAUAAAACAUUUAACCGAAAUGCUGACCUGAAGAACCAUAUGAGAAUCCACACGGGAGAGAAGCCAUUUAGUUGCUCUGAGUGUGGUAAAACCUUUAGCCGAAAUUCUGAUAUGAAGACCCAUAUGAGAAUUCACACAGGGGAAAAACCGUUUAGUUGUUCAGAGUGUGGGAAAAUGUUUAACAUUAGGGCCAACCUAAAAAGGCACAAGAUCAACCAUACUGGAGAAAAACCAUUUAGUUGUUCUAUGUGUGGUAAAUCAUUUAAUCUAAAGGGCAAUCUGAAAAUGCACAUGAUCACUCAUACAGGGAAUAAACCAUUUAGUUGUUCUGUGUGUGGUAAAACAUUUACCCGAAAUUGUGACGUGAACACCCACAUGAUAGUCCACACAGGAAAGAAACCAUUUAGUUGUUCUGUGUGUGGUAAAAUGUUUAGUAGAAACUGUGAUCUAGUGAGCCACAUGAUAAUUCAUGCAGGAGAGUUCUGAGUAUGGCCAAAUGUUUGAUAUGAGGUUCCAUCUGAAGAGAUACAUGAGAACACACAUAAACUGUUUCUUUGUUCAGUUUAUGACACACACAAGGAAUUAUUGGGGGGAAAAAAAACCCUUUCUUUUCAAGGUUUUGUAUUGGAUGGAUAUGAAAAAAGCCAACAUCCACACAUGGACUACAUGUUAAGACAGCUGCUUAUUCUACAAAAUCCUCACAAUUAUGGUGGAUGUGGACAAGAAAUGGUUAUGCUAUAUAACAUUCCUCAGCUUGUUAUAAAAAAUAUGAAACUAGUUAUUUUCUAUUUUGUAUUACAAAGAGAUUUGCUAACAAUUUCUGCGUAAUACUGAGUCAUGUCUGACAUAUCGUGGGCAUGUAUAAGUUGAGUUAAACAUUUUAGUGUCUUCUUAAUAUUCUGCGAUUUAUAAAAUUGUGUAUAACAAAUUACACAAUCAAGUUAUUGAGACAUUUUUAUGAGAACUUCAAAUGAUUGAGAAUAGAUUUAGAUUAUUACUGAAUGAUGUAUUAAAACCAUACAUGUCAUUUGAAAGCACAGUUGUUGGAUUUGAUUUAUCAUGAUUAAAUACUGACCGAAUUCAGGCUUUGUGCCAUGGAAUUAUUUUCAUGAUUUAAAGUACUUUACUAAAUAUACUAGUAGUGCAGUUUUUAAUUUGCCAUGUCAAAGUCAUGUAGGAAACUAGGCUUGAUGUAAUGUUUUGUUUUUUAAAUAUUUUACUUAGGUAAAAUUGGUUAAUUGUUUGAGUAUGGACAAAUAUUUUGAGACACAAAGGUUUGUGAAAAUAAACUUAUCAAAGAGCC